AUGGGGUCCUGGGUCAACGGAACAGCCGGCAGCAUGGGGUCUUGGGUCUACAGAACAACCGGCAGCAUAUGGGCCGGGGGCCAGGACACACUCUGGGCGGCCUCGACUUUCUGCAGCGGCGCUUUCUACGCCGUCGGCUCGAAGAUGGGCUGGGUCUCGCCCACAGUCCUGCCGCCGUUAGACGACGGGCAGUGCGCCGGGGCCGCGCCGAUCCGGAGCGAGCCGUUUCUGCACGUCAACGGCAUGGUCAUGGCCCAUCGACAAGCAGAGCCCCACACACACGAACUGCAGCUGUUUCGCGCCGGCUCCGACUCCAACUCCAGGCCCGGCAGCGGUGGCGGCGGCUCCACGUCUCAGGAUCAGCAAGACCAACCAAUACGCCUCCUAGGCGGGCUGGCCGUCAAGCCGCCACCCGAAAUGUUUAAUGCCACUACUGGCCCGCAACUCAACGCCAUCGCGGCAGACAAUGGCGACACGGCCGACGGGACCGUGGUGGACCUCGAGGCCUGGUUCUUUAAGCCGACCAGAUUGAAUAAGAGCGCCGGAGAUGGACUCCGACUCGGCGCCGUGGCACGGAGCGGCGGCGGCCUCGACACCGAAUCCGAGAAACACAAAGGACGUCGCGCCAAGGAGAAGAAGGGAAAGGACAAGAAACCUGCUGCGUCAUCUUCUUUGUCCUCACACAUUCGCAACAGCACGGUCUCCACUUUUCCCAGCGGCAGCAGCAGCAGCAGGUUUGGCAUUAGCUCCCGCUUCGUCCUCGCCCUCCUCGCCCCCCCGAGCCCGAGUCCGGAUGUGGCCUUUGCACACCUCUUCCAGCGCCAGGCGCUCGUGCCGCUCGCCAUCGUAGCAUCGGGCGCGACCAACUGGCACUCCAGCGCUAUCUCCUCGGCGACUGGCUGGGCCUGGACCUACAGCAGAGACGCGCUGGAACGGGUUCUCGAGGCUCUCAUCAGGCCGCUGCACAGCGAAGUGGUGGUGCCGCUGGACACGGACAUGGUCUAUCUCCGGGACCCUGAAGCCGUCAACAGGCUUUUGGACGCGGCCAAGGGGCUCGCCGCGCUGUUUGCCAUGGCGGACGAGGACGAGAUGCAGCAGCAGCAGCAGCAGUCUCCGCGGCCCCCAGCGGCGGCAGUGGCAGUAGCAUCUUCUCCGGGAAAGGGCGGCCGCGCCGAAACCCUACCUAACGAUCACGACGACGGCCUAGCGCUGGCUCGCAACGCUAGCCUCGCGAUACCGGUCCUGCACGUGCUGUCCACGUGGCUGGAGCUGUCGCAGGAGCGGCUCAGAAAGUCGGGCGCAGCAGCAGGACACGUCGAGGCUCUGCACAAGGGGCUGGGCCUGAUAGCAACGCUGGCCGGCGAGCUCCUGCGGCCCGGGUGGGAGCAGUGGCGCACUCUCAACCGGCCCGCUGGCGGCGACGAUGAUGAUGAUGACGGUGACGACGAUGACGAUGAUGACGAUGACAACGACUAG